AUGCGAGCCUCAAUGACCUAUGCCUUUGGUAAGCUCAAUGGUCUUGGGAACAUGCCAUGGCAUGAAUCCGAUGUUGGUGCCACCAUGGUUGGCAACCCUUCAAUCUCAGUUGAAGUUUCAUCUUUCAUGUGUUCACUUCGGAGACGCAAGGUUCAAGCUGGUGAGGUUGCAAACAGUGCCCGUGCUAUAACAUCACCAUAUCAACCUGGCGAGCGAAAACCUGCAGGAGGCUCUAAAACUGCUGAAAGCUUGGACCACUGGGGUGGUGGGCGUGUCCGAAGGCUUCUGCAGGCUGCAUAUACAGUCCUCAAGAUACAGGUCCAUGAUCUUCAUGUGGAGAACAAUCAGGUUGUGCUGUAUCUCCCCUUUCGCAAAACCCACCAAAAUGGAGGUCUGUGUUCAAUCUAUAUUAAACCCUUUCAUCUCUGGACCCUCUCAUCUAAUGAAGCCCAUCUCUGUCCUACAAGAGCACUUGCUGCUUGGCUUGAUGAGUCACAGAUAACAACAGGCUAUGUUUUCCGAAAAAUGGCAUCUGGUGACCGGAUAGCAGUGGCAAAUAACCCUAUGUCCUCAGAACAGUUCUUAGAGCUGUUUCGAAACAACCUUCUUGACAUAAAUAUUGACCCUGCCCCUUAUGGCACUCACUCAUUUCGUCGGGGAGGCUGCCAAUAUUUGCAUAUAGAAAGGCGCUGGCCCUUGAGAAGGAUUUGUGAGUGGGGGGGGUGGAGCACUGAAUUCACCAACAUGACAAUAGUCAAGUAUCUCAUAUCUUCAAAUGAUGACCCUGCAGAGCCAAGGGACCAUUUUUUCAAUCCCAACCAGCGUCCAGCUAUCAAGUGUCCACAAUGUGGCCGAGGCUGCUUAUGUGCUUGA